GCAUAAACUACUGCUCACUUGAAUAGGAGGACAGCACACUUGCACACUGACUGUAGAAAGCAGUCCCUCCUUUUUAUCUUAUUGGCUGCUUUGCACACCUGCAGACAAUAAAAGGCUGAUGACAUCAUCACAGCUCGCUCUUCUUAUUGGCUUGUACAGGAAAGAGACAAACGAAUAUAAACAAUCAUGCUCACUUUUGAGGUAUGUGCUGAACAAUAUGUCUAUGAUUGUUUUGUUUCUCACAUGCAUGUUCUACUUUUAAUCCAAAAUAAGGUCCAAAUAUUGCACACAGAAAAUAAAUAACAUUAUAAAAAUAACAAGUUAACUCAUGAUUAAUCACAAAAGAGUUUGCAUUUGUGUCCAAAUAUUGAGGUGUUUUUUUUAAGGUACCAUCUCAUCGCAGGGCCAAACAUUCAAACUCACAUUCACACACUAGGGGAAUUUUUAGGUUGAUUUAAAUUAUGUAAACAAAUAAUACUUUGUUUAAUCACGAUUAAUCCAAAUUGAAAAUGUGAUUAUUCUGACUAAAAAAAUAUUAACUUGACAGCCCUUCCUAAAAUAUAAACCUUUUUAAAUUCAUUUGUUUUAAAAUAGAUGGAACAAUUGCAUUAAGUAUGUAUAUUUAAAGUAAUAUAUUUUAUUCAAUACAAAAUUAUACUGUUCUGACAUUGUCAAAUAAUGACGUGUAGUGGUUCCCAACCAUUUUUUUUUACCAAGUUCCACCUCAAAAAAAACUUGGCUCUCCAAGUACCACCAUAAUGACAACAUUAAUGUACAGUAGCGUAGUAGGCCUAAGUAUUCAUUAAAAACAAGGCAGUGAUUUUAUUUAAAAAGUAUAUUCAAUAUUUUGGCCACUGUAACAUAACACACAGUUUGAACAGUAACACUGUGUUUAAAUUUAGGAAAAUAAAACACUGUACUUUAAUAAAGUGAUUCUUUGGCGUACUACUAAAUGGAGCCCGCGUGCCACACUAGUGGCGGAGUUUGUAUCAAGAAAGUAUGGCUAAGUUGGUUUCAGACGAUCUCCUCAAUGAUUGGUCAAAAUACACUCAAGUGACUACAGGGUGCCAUGACUGCUACUAACUUUGAGCUGAUGAGUUUGCGGCGCUUCCUUGUUAGUUUUUCGACGUGUAUUAAUGCUGUGUUGUGCGGCAUAGGGCUGUCCCACCUGCGAGAAUUGUGGAAAGCUUUUUCAUAGUUUUCCCCACAACCCUGAAAGAAGACAAGUAUGGGAAGUGAAGGUCCGCUAACAUUGGGCAGCCACCAAUUACAGCGUCUUGUGCCAGUACAUCAUGAACUGUCAUGUGAAUCCACUUUGCAACCACUUUAGAGACGUCCAAAAUAGAAUCUGAAAGUGGAAGCAGCACAAAGAAAUUGCUUUUUUGUGGAAAACAAACAGCAGCUACCUGGAACUAUCCCGGCUGUCACCACAGCAACGCCCCAAAAAUGAAAGCAUAAAGACAGCUAUUGUUACGCAAUGUGCCGGGCUUGGACGUAAAGUGACUGAUGAGCUCGGGUCCCCCGGAGGUAGCAGAUGGCCGCGUUCCUGACUCGGCGCCGUCUCUCUACUUCCGUGGUGACGACACAUGUACAGCAACCAUUCAGAACCUCGAUGCAAAACACUCAACAUCAAUCAUGAUUAUAACAAUGAACAAGCAUGUUUUUAGCUGCCCUUUGGGGAGAUGAUUUGAUCAUUAGUGAACUACUAUGUGAAAAUUACAUGAUGUUUUUUCACAGUUUGUUUGUUUUGGAGCAGGAUUACACAGAAAAUGAGUUACUGCAGUUUGACAAACUUUGUAGAAGGGCAAGGUGUGGUGUCAAGCUUAAAAACACUAAAACAUUGGUCUGAUCUGAACAGAUCUGAACAAAAGUGCAGUUACAUCCAUCCCAUGCAUUUUCUACCGCUUGUCCCUUUUGAAGUCGCGGGGGGUCGCUGGAGCCUAUCUCAGCUGCAAUCGGGCGGAAGGCGGGGUACACCCUGGACAAGUCGCCACCUCAUCACAGGGCCAAGUGCAGUUACAGGAAAUGUUUUUCCACACUUCAAAAUUCAAAGCAGUAUUUUUUUUUGCUUUCGGUGAAAAUCGCCCCUUCCUACAGCAUCAUAAAGCUGAAAAAGCACUUCCUGCUUUUGCAGAAAAGUGCAAACGCGGUGAUUCUCCCUUCCAUCUGCCUCCCAGCAUUUGGCUGACCUGCGCCUGCCUCCUCGCAUUCAGCCUUGGACCGAGGCCACCAGGCAACACAUAUAAUCCCCCAGCAUGCACCCUGCUCCAGGUUCUCACCGCCGUCGUUGUUGCCAUGAGGACGCCAAUGCAACAUGAAACAUCCUGUCCGUGUUCCUUUUUGUGUGGCUCAACUUUAUUGAAAGAAAAUAUCACCUUCUAAUUGUCAUAUUUUUGAAUCCAGAAAAGGAGCAGUGACAAUGACAGAGCAUGACAACUGUUUCUUCUAUGUUUGUUGGACCAAGAUCUUUGUCAAACUACUGUCUGGUUAUGAAAAGCUACUUCCUGUCAUAUAAAAGCAGUCUCCCAUGCAGGCAGCUCGCCAUCACAGACUGUGUUUGGGGGCAUUCUGCAUGUUGGCAGCCGGCAUGGCGUUAACGUCAGAAGCUCCGCCUCCACUGUCGUCAUCUUGUCCCCACUUAUGCGUCUGCGACGUGACCACACGGCAGGUCAACUGCUCCUACGGCGGCCUCAGCACUGUUCCCGAGACUCUCCCUUCUGACGCCACCCAGCUGAACCUGAGCCACAACGGCAUCAGGAUUUUGGCGCCUCAGCGCUUCCGAUCCCUGAUUCGACUUUUAGACUUGGAUUUGAGUGACAACCUGCUGGCGUACAUCCAGGUGGACGCUUUCCUCGGUUUGAGAAGCCUCGUCAAUCUGCGCCUGGCUCGUAACCUCUUAAAGAUUCUUCCAGUUGGAGCUUUUUCCGGCUUGUCGGAGCUGCAGCUGCUCGACGUGAGCAGCAAUGAGCUCCUGGGCUUCCUUGAUUUCACUUUCAGAGGCGUAGCGCGGCUGCGUGUGAUCCAAGCACUGCAAAACGACCUGGUCUUCAUCUCUCGCCAGGCCUUCGCCGGCCUAAGCGGCCUUCGCCAGCUCUACCUAGACGCUUGCAACGUGACUUCUGUGCCCACAGAGGCGCUGGCACACGUUGGUGGGCUGACGAGUUUAUAUUUGCAGCGUUUCGACUCUAGCUCACUGCCGAGCUACGCUUUCAUUGGCUUGGCGCGCCUCAAGCAGCUUGUCGUCACAGAUUGGCCCAGACUGGAGGCGCUGUCAGCAAAUAGCCUCGUCGGCCUCAAUUUGACAUCCCUCACGAUUAGAAAAUGCAACCUCAGCGCUGUCCCUUAUGUCCCUUUGCAUCAUCUGGUCUAUCUGGUCCACCUUGACCUGUCCUAUAACCCCAUCACUUACAUCCACGCCAACCAACUCGGCGAGCUCCCCAGGCUCCAAGAGCUCCACCUCGUCGGAGGACGUCUUCUGCACAUUCAACUCAUGGCCUUUGCUCGUUUGACGCACCUGAACCUCCUCAAUGUGUCCGGAAACCUCCUGAGCACGCUACAGGAGGGCAUCUUUCAUUCCGCGCACGGCCUGCAACAUCUCGGCCUGGACGCCAACCCCCUUUCCUGCGACUGCCGCCUGCUGUGGCUCGUCCGCCGUCGCUCUUCACUGAGCUUCGGCGGACGCUCUCCGGUGUGCAGCAGCACUCUCCGCUCGUGGGGUUGGCGGAAUUUCCUGGAGUGCGCCGAAGCGGAAGCCCUGCUCACGUGCCGGCCGCCUCGCAUCCAAAGACGCCAACUCCAGCAGGUGAGGGCGGAUCAGGGCCACACGGUGCUUUUCUAUUGCAGUGCGGAAGGUGACCCCGCGCCAUCUGUCACCUGGUUGAGCCCACAGCGAAGAGUUUUUGGCGAAGUGGGUAGGAUACGUGCGCUCGCCAAUGGCUCACUGGAGGUUCGCUUUGCUCAGCCUCAGGACAGCGGCACUUACUGCUGCGUAGCAUCCAACGUGGCGGGAAACGACACGUGGCCUGUCACCCUCCACAUUCGAGGUUUCUCCUCAUCCCCCAACCCUUUUCAUCUUAAAAGCUGGCUGGCCUUUCCGUCCACCUCUCCCGGGGAUGCGAGCGGCUCGCAGGAACUCCCGAUCGACGUCAAGACACUGCUCAUAGCGGCGUCCAUCGGCUUACUUUCGUUUUUUGGCUCGGUGAGCUUGUGCUUCGUCUUCAUGUUCUUGUGGUAUAAGGGCAAAGGGCAGAGGAAGCACACCGCCACCAUUGCGUACGUGCCACGCAGCGCCGUGGUGAGCAGAGAUGGCAGCGCAGGCAACUACAUGGAGACCAGCAAGUUUACCAUGAAAUUGAUGUAAACAAAUCAGUGAUUUAAAAAAGUUGCACAAUAAAACAUUAGGCAAUAUUUGCAUACAUUUGUAUUACUUAAAUCAAGGGUGUCAAACUCGUUUUCAAUGAGCGCCACAUCGCAUGUAUGACUGCCAUCAUGAAUUUGCCUAUGCAUUUGAUUAGCAUAUGUAUUUUUAUGUACACUAUAAAAAAAAAACAAUCUGUAGAUUUUGCAGUAAACAACUGGCAAUUUAGUCACCAGAAUUUUGCUGUAAAAUAUGCAGCUGAGAUAGGCUCCAGCGACCCCCCGCUACCCCGAAAGGGACAAGCGGUAGAAAAUGGAUGGAUGGAUACAGUGACUUUUACAACAUAUUCUGGUAAAUGGGAAAACAAUAAUAAUGUUGUUUUUUUUUACAAUAACAAACUGGCAGCUUAGUUGUCAGAAUUUUACUGUAAAAUGUAUGGUGUUUUUACAACAUGUUACUGGAAAUGGAAAAACUACCCACUUGUAUGUUGAAUUGAGCUGCCAAUUUUUAUGGUAAAAAACUGGGCUACUGUUUUUCCAUUUACAGUAACCUACUCAGUGGCCUAGUG